ACAGUAAUCGAUUACUUUGCAGCUGUUGUAAAUAUUUUUGUGGCUAUUUUAUUUCGUAAGAUUUUGUUAAUUCACUGUUGACGGUUAAAUACUUAAAAUUUAAACGUUAUAAACGAUGUUGCGGAAACUUCACUCUCCUCCAGCUGUUCUCAUGAGAGCAGCCUCAACACGCGCUGAGAAACUCGAAGAAAUUCGAGAACGUCUUUCUAAAGGUCCAAACUUUCAAGAUUUCGUUCAAAAUCCGGAAAAUUCAACAGAAGACUGGGAGAAUUAUGAAGGAAAAUUGCGUCGUGAAAAAGGAGAGACCCAAUACUUGCGUUUGCCUCCCUGGUUGAAGACCACAAUUCCAGUGGGCAAGAAUUUUGCUAAGAUCAAGUCACAGCUAAGAGACCUCAAGUUGUCUACGGUCUGCGAGGAAGCAAGAUGCCCCAACAUCGGUGAGUGCUGGGGAGGUGGCGAGCAUGGCACUCAAACAGCAACAAUUAUGCUGAUGGGCGACACUUGCACUCGUGGCUGUCGGUUUUGUUCCGUAAAAACGGCUCGUGCUCCGCCUCCGCUGGAUGUCAACGAACCUGUGAACACUGCCAAAGCAAUUUCAUCUUGGGGCCUCGAUUAUAUAGUGUUGACAUCUGUGGAUCGCGAUGAUCUUCCCGAUGGAGGCUCAAAGCAUAUUGCAGAGACAGUUCGUGAGAUCAAAGCACGCAACUCGAAUAUAUUUGUGGAGUGCUUGGUUCCCGAUUUCCGCGGAGAUUUGGACUGUGUAAAGACAAUUGCUACUUGCGGCCUCGAUGUCUAUGCCCAUAAUAUUGAAACUGUCGAAAAACUUACACCUUACGUGCGUGAUCGUCGUGCUCACUAUAGACAAACACUUCAGGUCUUGCGCGAAGCUAAGCGUUUUAAUCCGAAUCUCAUUACCAAGAGUUCCAUAAUGCUGGGUCUGGGUGAAACUGAUGCCGAAGUUGAGCAGACCCUCUUGGACUUGCGAGAAGUUGGAGUGGAAUGUUUGACCUUGGGCCAGUACAUGCAGCCCACAAAAAAGCAUCUGAAAGUAAUCGAGUAUGUGACGCCCGAGAAAUUUAAGCACUGGGAGGAGCGAGGCAAUGAGUUGGGCUUUCUAUAUACUGCCAGCGGGCCGCUUGUGAGGAGCUCUUACAAAGCAGGAGAAUUCUUCAUCACAAGUAUAUUGGCCAAUCGAAGGAAGAAGAACGAGACGUCCUAAAAAAAAUUUAGCAUUGUUUGUAUAUUUGUAAAUUUGUUUAAACUCGUUAAAUAUAUAUUUU